AGCACAUUUAUCACAACUCAAAGAGCAAAGCAAGAAAGAAAGAAUAUUCUAUAAGAGAAAAACUCAGCUUAUACCAAGAAAAAAAAGAGAGUUAAUUUUAAGCAAUGGAGAAUUUCCCAGUUAUCAAUUUGGGGAAUCUUAAUGGUGAGGAGAGACAAGCUACCAUGGCAAAGAUCCAUGAUGCUUGUGAAAACUGGGGUUUUUUCGAGCUGGUGAAUCAUGGAAUUUCGCAUGAUCUUUUGGACACUGUUGAGAGGAUCAGCAAAGAUCACUACAAGAAAUGUAUGGAACAGAGAUUCAAAGAGCUAGUUGCUAGCAAAGGCCUAGAGAAUGUAUCUACUGAGAUUAAGGACUUGGAUUGGGAAAGCACCUUCUAUCUGCGCCAUCUUCCUACUUCUAACAUCACCGAAAUCCCUGAUCUCGAUGAUGAAUACAGGAAGGUUAUGAAGGAAUUUGCUCUGAAGUUGGAAAAACUAGCAGAAGAUCUUUUGGACUUGCUUUGUGAGAACUUAGGCCUUGAAAAAGGUUACCUUAAGAAGGUGUUCUAUGGAAACAGUGCACCAAACUAUGGGACUAAGGUGAGCAACUACCCACCGUGCCCUAAACCCGACUUGAUCAAUGGACUCCGAGCCCACACCGAUGCUGGUGGCAUCAUCCUCCUCUUCCAGGAUGACAAAGUUAGCGGCCUCCAACUCCUUAAAGGCGAUAAAUGGAUUGAUGUUCCACCUAUGCGUCACUCCAUUGUUAUCAACCUUGGUGACCAACUCGAGGUGAUCACUAAUGGGAGAUACAAGAGUGUGCUGCAUCGAGUGGUAGCGCAAACAGACGGGACUAGAAUGUCGAUUGCUUCGUUCUACAACCCUGCGAGUGAUGCAGUGAUCUACCCUGCACCGUCGUUGGUGGAGAAGGAUGCAGAGGAGCAAAAACCGAUAUACCCGAAAUUUGUGUUUGAUGACUACAUGAAGCUGUAUGCAGGGCUUAAAUUCCAGCCUAAGGAGCCAAGGUUUGAAACUAUGAAGCAAUUGGAAAAUGGUGUCAAGUUGGAGUUGGGUCCUGUUGCAGCUGCUUAUUAGAAACCCAAUAUAAUCAACAUAUAGAUUAUCAUAUCAUAUCAUAUGAUAGUAUAAAGAAAUUUUUUAUAUUGUUGCUAAUAAUAAUGUAAAAGUUGUCUUCAAGUUCAACUAUGUUUUUUCACUAGUAAAAAUGAUUUAAUAGUUGACAUGUAAUGUACUUUAAAUUGUUUUAGACUAAAUAUUGAAAAAAAAAAACCUGAUUACUGUACUUAGUAAUGGACCAAAUUCAUUAUUUCUAUAAGAGGCAUCUUGAUCUUGUCCUGUAUUCUGUAA